AUGUCGUCGGCAGGGGCCUUGAAGAUUCUUCGCGACGGCGAGCAGCAUCAACAGCAACUAUAUCACGACGGAUUUUUCCUGAUCAAUUUUCUCAAAUGGGGCCGGCCGACAGACGUACCAGUUAAGAGACUGUGCGCGGGCCUGAAAUUUAAGGCUGGUGCGACUGCCGAGGGUUGGAAAAAUUUCGGGAAAUUAAUAUUUUAUAAGGAAACUUGA